AUGAGCGGACGGCUCCUAGCAGCGGGCCUCGUGCCCUUGACGCGACGCGCCGCCGUCCAAGCCGUCCGUCACUACCACCGCUUCCCGGCCGGCGGGCUCCAGCGCGCAGACGCCGCCAUCCGCGCGACACGCCAGCGCAUAUGGUUCCCCGGAAACGCCUUCCACAACGCCGUCAUCGUCCGCAAUGCGAGCUUUGCCCGCUUCCUGCCCAAGCUGGUCGUCAAGUUCGCCAGGAUCCCCGCCAUGUUCGGCGGCCUGAUGAUUGGCGGCGUGGCCUGGAUCCAGUACCAGGCCAUCCAGGUCAGCAACUCGGCGAGUGAGAUGUUCAAAAACAUGAAGGAGGGCGUCAGCGAUACAGCUUCGAGCCUGUUUGGAAGUGCCAAGGACAUCGCCGGCCAGAUGGGACGCGGAUGGGAGAAUACUAAGGAGCAGGUGGAGCUGCCCGAAUGGCUGCAAAAAGUUUUGAGACUACAAGAAGAGGUUGGGACUGGGAGAGGCGGACCGGAAGGUGAAGAGCCACCAAAGCAGAGCAGAGCCGGUGUUGCUGCUGGUGCGGCCGCUACCGCCGCGGCAUAUGGGUACGAGCAGUCAGAUGAGGACGACGACCGAUCCGCCGAGGAAAUAGCCAAGGACGACCAGAUGAUGAUCCUGACGAAGAAGAUGAUUGAGAUCCGGAACAUCCUGCAGAAGGUCGGGCAGUCAAGCACGCUCAGUCUUCCUUCAAUCGUUGUCAUUGGAUCACAAUCAUCCGGGAAGAGUUCGGUGCUAGAAUCGAUCGUUGGCCAUGAAUUCUUGCCCAAGGGCUCUAAUAUGGUCACACGGCGGCCGAUUGAGCUCACUCUUGUGAAUACUCCGGAAUCAAAGGCGGAGUAUGGCGAGUUCCCAGAUCUCGGACUCAAGAACAUCACGGACUUCUCCUCCAUCCAGAGGACUUUGACAGACCUCAACCUGGCGGUGCCUGACUCCGAAUGCGUGUCAGAUGACCCAAUUCAUCUCACAAUCUAUUCGCCUCAUGUCCCUGAUCUAUCACUGAUUGACUUACCUGGAUAUAUCCAAGUUGUCGGUCAAAACCAGCCAUUGGAACUGAAGCAGAAGAUCUCUGAACUAUGCGACAAGUACAUUCAACCACCGAACGUCAUCCUAGCCAUAUCAGCGGCCGAUGUCGAUUUGGCAAAUUCGACUGCUCUGAGGGCGAGUCGGAGGGUUGACCCGAGAGGUGAGAGGACGAUUGGUGUCGUGACAAAGAUGGAUCUAGUCGACCCAACAAGAGGAACUGCCAUUUUGAAUGAUAAGCAGUAUCCCCUGCGUCUGGGAUAUGUCGGCGUUGUGUCCCGCGCGCCAACAGUAACAGGCCUUUUCAAGAAAGGCACAUCUGGAAACUUGACGGCCGCGAUUGCAAAGAAUGAAAACGCCUACUUCUCGUCUCACCCCCUAGAGUUUGGCCCUGGUGCUGAUGUCAACGUUGGUACCAUUACAUUACGGAAGAAACUCAUGCAUGUGCUGGAGCAAACCAUGUCCGCAAGUCUCCAGAGCACAAGCGAUGCUAUACAGCAGGAGCUUGAAGAAGCAACAUACGAGUUUAAGGUGCAGUACAAUGACAGGCCACUCUCGGCAGAAUCAUACCUUGCGGAAAGUCUUGAUGCCUUCAAGCACUCGUUCAAACAAUUCACCGAGGAGUUUGGCCGACCACAGAUGCAGGAGCUUCUUAAGAAGGAGCUAGACCAGCGAGUGCUCGAUCUUCUCGCUCUCAGAUACUGGAACAAGCCAAUAUCUGAUCUCUCCGUACCACCUCCUGAGCCGGAUAACCUUGCCGACCUUCCCAAGGCUGAUCCUGAAUCUUUGUUCUGGCAUCGGCAGCUAGAUGCUUCAACUUCUUCACUCACUAAGCUUGGUGUGGGUCGUCUUGCGACAACGGUUGUGGCUACAGCCAUCCAGCAACACAUUGACCAGCUGAUCGCUCAGUCAACCUUUGUCAACCACCCUUUCGCACGACAAGCGAUAACCGAAGCCGCCUCAAGCAUUCUGAAUGAGAGGUUCUACAGCACUAGUGACCAAGUAGAGAACUGUAUCAAGCCGUACAAGUUUGAGAUCGAUGUUGAGGACCGGGAGUGGAAUGCUGGCCGUGAAAAUGUCGGCAUGGUGUUGAAGAAUGAGCUGACCGCUUGCCAAAAUGCAACGCAGAAUCUCGAGAAGGCUGUCGGUGGCAAGCGCAAGCUGAAGGAAGUGAUGACAUUCAUCGACAAAUGCCGGAAGGGCGACAUCAUCAUUGAGGGAGAAGGACGGAGUGGUGCUGGUGGUUUCAGCGCGGCGCUACUUGCUAAAGGCCGUGAAGCUGUCUUCCUCCGUGACCGCGCCGACAUCAUCAACAUGCGACUCAUGGCAGUCAAGUCAAAGCAGUGCAAGACUUUGAAGAACAAGUACUACUGCCCUGAGGUCUUCCUCGACGCCGCGGCGUCGAAGCUAGCGGCAACCGCCGUGCUCUUCCUCAACGUCGAGCUGCUGUCCGAGUUCUACUACAAUUUCCCGCGGGAGCUGGACGCACGGCUCGGCCGCCACCUGACCGACGACCAGAUCGAGCGGUUCGCCAAGGAAGACCCCAAGGUUCGCCGGCAUCUCGAGGUGAUCCGUCGCAAGGAGCUGCUGGAGCUUGUUCUUGAGAAGAUGGAGAGUCUACGCCAGCUCGAAGGGCGCGAACGGACCAAGACCGGUGGCCACUCAAGAAAAAGCGACAAAGAGAAGUCUCGCUGGGGCUGGCUGUGA